CAGGCUCAUCGGCUGGCAGCCGACCACAUAUCCACAUAUCUCUCUCUUCACCUUCCUCUCUCACUGGAUCUGGUGCUAUGUCUUCCUCCCUCAAGAUUGACUGGUCAAAAGUUGAUCAGCCUGAACUGGUACUUCAACGCUUUCCCAGUCGUCGUUCAGUGGUAUACGGAACGAAGGGAAUCGUUUCCUCAUCUCAACCAUUGGCAACAGAAGUCGGUUUAGAGAUUUUGAGGCGGGGAGGGAAUGCGGCGGAUGCAGCCGUUGCUACAUCAGCAGCACUCAAUGUGACGGAGCCUAGCUGCUGUGGAAUCGGAGGGGACGCAUUCUGUUUGUUUUUCGACGCCAAGACAAAAACAGUCAAAGCGCUCAACGGAUCUGGCCAUUCCCCUGAAAAGUUGACCAUUGAACACCUACGACAGCAAGGCAUUACAGGAAAUAAGAUACCUCAGAACAAUUUAAAUGCAGUGACGGUUCCAGGUGCUGCUGCUGCGUGGGUUGACACUGUGGAAAAGUUCGGCAGCGGGAAACUUUCUGUCGCCGACGUACUUGCACCGGCUAUCAGACUGGCCGAAGAAGGAGUUCCAGUGUCAGAAAUUCACAGCUAUGCGUGGCAACGCUCCGAGGAGCUCAUAAAAAAUGCAUCCCCAAAUGCAGAUGAGAUGCUCCUCAACGGAAAAGCUCCUCUGGCAGGGCAGAUCGUCAAGCUUCCCAAUCUCGCAAAAACCUUCCGAACAGUUGCAGAAAAAGGAAAAGCCGGAUUCUACACUGGACGCAUAGCUGAGGCUAUUGUGGAACUUAUUCAGAGCAAGGGUGGAAUAAUGGAACUUGAGGAUCUGGCGAAGCAUGAAACUACCUUUGUAGAACCAAUUAAGUACACGUUCGCAGGCGAGGUUACAAUUUACGAGUGCCCUCCAAAUGGCCAAGGUAUUACUGCUUUGCUGGCUCUCGGCAUCGUGGAGAACAUCAUAGAGCAAAGAAAGAUCAAGAGCUUAUUGGAGAUGGAGCACAACUCUGCAGAAUACCUCCAUACUUUGGUGGAAUCGUUGAGACUUGCGUUCGCUGACAGUCAGUAUUACGUGACUGACCCAGAUGUUGAACAUGUCCCUGUCGACAAGCUCCUAAGCAAGGAAUACCUCGCAUCCCGAGCGACACUGUUCGAUCCCACUAGGACCAACCCAGAUGUUGUGCAUGGAAACCCCGUGCAUUCUUCCGAUACUGUAUACUUUUCAGUGACAGAUCAGUGGGGCAAUGCAUGCAGCUAUAUCCAGAGCAACUAUGCUGGCUUCGGGACGGGAGCUAUCCCGAAAGGCUGUGGAUUUACUCUUCAGAAUCGUGGCUCCGGAUUCGUGCUCAAGGAGGGUCAUCCCAAUGCACUAAAGGGAGGCAAGCGCCCAUACCAUACUAUCAUACCCGCACUUGCCACCCGCGGAGAUGACCUCUUCCUUUCAUAUGGUGUCAUGGGCGGAUUCAUGCAGCCACAAGGCCACGUCCAAGUGCUCUUGAACAUACUUCGGGGAUUCUCCCCCCAGGCCGCGCUCGAUGCCCCUCGGUUCUGCAUCUCCGCUGGGAGCCCCGAUACGCAGACCCAGACAACGGGUGAGGCAGGCGACAUUAACAGCGAGGUCUAUUUUGAGGAAGGGAUUCCGGUCGAGACAGUCAACAGGCUCCGAGAAAUGGGUCACGAUGCGCGCAUAGUAACUGGGUUCGGGCGUGGAAUGUUCGGGCGCGGUCAAGUCAUCCAGAAAAUUGACGAUCCAUCGGGCAGGACAGUGUGGGCUGCUGGCUCGGACUUGCGCGCAGAUGGCCAUGCAGCUGCACAGAUAUAGUGAUGACGCCCUUGACGAAAAGUCUAUACAGCCUUGAGCGGCCAAUUGGGAAAUUGUAGAAGAUGAACACGUAGGUGAAAUUGUGUACGUUGCCUAAGAAUGAAUACUUGAAAAGAAAAGACAAAGUCUGAG